UGUACCAUACCCUCGUACGGCUCUGUCACCUUUGCUUUCACUCAGUCGAUCGCUCACAGUCGCCGUUGACACAGCACACGGCAAGUAAACAAAGACAAAAUGCUGCUUCUCGUCCGGCAAUUCAAUGUCAUCAUGGCCCUCGGCCUGAUAGUAGCGACGAUCUACACCUGCUGGAAAGGCGCCACUUUGUCCUACCACCUCCAUACCAGUCCUCCGGAAAUCAAGCCCUCCAUCGUCCACUACACCUACCCGGGCCAGAAUCUGGUCUUCGAUCGGCGCUCGUACGAGAACGACCUGCGAGCGUACGUCGUCUGCGACCGGCAGCCACGGGUGGUGGUCGACGAACGGCGCAGAUACCUCGACUGCGAGGUGAACCUGGACGACCGGAAGGGCCAACGGUACCAAUGCCCCAUCAUGCUGCGGAUAAAUCGACGAAGCACCGGCUACGUCACGCCCGGCACGAUGAAGGUGCGGCUCCUGGGCAAGAACAAGACGAUCCUGAGCUGGUACGACUAUAGCAUGCCCAUGUCUGCGGCCAACAGGUGGCGACUGUUCGUCGUGCACCUCGAAGACUGCCUGGUCCAGGAGGCCGCCGCCGAACAACUGAGCCAGCUACGGCCUUACGGCUUCGUCGUCUACGACGAGACGAGAUUCGCGGCGAUAGUCAUCAGCGACAAUCCGGCCAGCAAGUGCUACGUCGGACCGAUGCAGAUCAACCAGGUGACCAUAUGCAGGCUCGGCUUCGACGCAGAUCGUCUCCAGAACGCGGACGGGCCCUACCUCUGGUUCGAGCAGUCGCAGCGUGACAACGCGAUGACCGUGGCGCCGCUCGUGGACGGCGAUCCAACGAGCGACCACCUGGUCGUCGAGCACUUCAUCGACCCGGCGAGCGGCUUCCUGAUCGCCGGUGUGUCGCUCGUCGUCGGGAACAGACACGACAAGAAUCCUGCAACGCUGGCCAGGUAUCGGCUUCUGGACUCCUUCGAGUACCGUCGAGGAGCCGAUCCGACGGAGCGCUUGGCCUACUCGACGCGCAACGGCUUCCUGAGCAUCUGCGCCAAGGUCCUGCGCGGCGACGACGAUCCGCCGAGCGUCCGCUAUUGGCUGACCUGCGCCCAGUGGGAUCGUCGAGGCCGCCUGAGAUACGAGCACAAGUUCCAGCCCAAGUAUCCGCACUUGAACGAGAUCGCCGUGCUGAACGUCGCGGACACCGACGGCGACAUGCUCGUGCUCACGGCCCAGUGCGACGAAGCCACGUGUCUACGCGCCGAGAAUCGUAUGAUCUGGCUGACGAGGAUGACGAGACGCGGCCUGCGGAUCCUGACCGGCUGGUUGGACAAGUACGGCUGCGACGGGAGGACAUACCGGGCCGACCUGCAGGUAUUUCAAAGGGAGGAGGACGGAUUGUACUGCGUCAGCCAAGUUUGCUACCAGGACUUUUGGGCGAACCCGAACAAGAAUAGGACGAGCGAGUUCGCGUUCGAGACCAAGUGCUUCGGGUUGGGUAACCAGUGGCGUAAGAUCCCUCCGAUAGUAAAUGGUUCGCACGGUAACAACGUUUACACGUUCUCGUAACGCGCUGCGAUCGAUGAAUAUGUUUUGUUUACGUCCCGUUUGAUAUAUAAUUUUAUAUAACUCUGUAACGACGAGUUUUGAAUCAAUUGUAUGUAUAUAGUGUACAGACACAUUUAACGUGACUUCGAUUGGGAUAAAUAAAUGAUUUUUGACAGUUUAAACGAUA